ACCAAAUUAUUUUAAUUCCAGAUAAUCCAGUACAUUAGCAGCUAUGUCGACGGCAGUAGAGAACGGCGUGGUGACCGGCGUCAGCAACGGCGUGCCCAACGGGCUGCUGGAGGCGCGCCUCAACGGGCACGUGCACGCGCACGCGCACGCGCACGCCGCGCUCGCGCACGACCGCUGGGACGAGCAGUUCCUGCCGCCGCCGCUCAGGAUCGAAGACCAGGCGCGCGCGCUCAAGAUCAACGCUCGCCUGUCCGGGCUGAUCCUGGGCGGCGCGACGCUGCUGCGCGUGGGCGACGUGUUCGAGCGCGAGCUGGAGCGCGGCCUGCGCGAGCAGCCCUCCAGCCUGCAGAUGGAGAACACGUACAUCCCUGAGCUACCCGACGGCACCGAGGAGGGUCUAUUCCUGGCGCUGGACCUCGGCGGCACAAACUUCAGAGUGCUGCUUUUGGAACUUAGAGGAGGACAGCUAGUGCGGGAGGACGUCAAACAAUACCACAUCAGUGACGAGAUGCGAGUGGGCCCCGGGGAAGACCUCUUCAAUUUCCUCGCAGACUGCGUGUUAGAUUUCGUUCGUUCAGAAGGAAUGGAAAAGGAAAAGCUUUCUUUAGGGUUCACGUUCUCGUUCCCGAUGAAGCAGCACUCGAUCCUGUCGGGCGAGCUGAUCACGUGGACCAAGAGCUUCAAGUGCGGCGGCAUGGGCGGCGUGGACGUGGCAGCGUUACUGCAGCGCUGCCUGCGCGCGCGCCGCCUCGACGUCACCGUGCGCGUGCUGCUCAACGACACCACCGGCACGCUCGUCGCCGGCGCGCACAUCGACCCUGCUGUCGGGAUCGGCGUGAUCCUGGGCACGGGCUCGAACGGCUGCUACAUGGAGCGCGCGGCGCGCGUGCAACACUGGGAGGCGGCGCACGAGCGCGUGCACGACGUGUGCGUGGACGUGGAGUGGGGCGCGUUCGGCGACAACGGCUGCCUCGACUUCGUGCGCACCGACAUCGACCGCGAGGUCGACGCCAGCUCGCUGCUCGUCGCUUCCUUCACGUUUGAGAAGUACAUCGGCGGCAAGUACCUGGGCGACGUGAUGCGCGCGGCGCUGGCGGCGCUGGCGGCCGAGCGGCUGUUCCCCGCCGCGCCGCGGCCCGGCGCGCUCGCCACCGCCGACCUCAGCAUGUUCGAGGAGGAGAGCAUGCAGGGCUCGUGGGAGCGCACGCGAGAGACGCUGACGACAGCGUGCGGCGUGGCGGUGAGCGCGGCCGACGCGCUGGUGGCGCAGCACGUGGCGCGCGUCGUCUCCAACCGCGCCGCGCAGCUCGUCUCCGUCUGCAUCGCGACGCUGCUGCGGCGCAUGGACCGGCCGUACGUGGUGGUGGCGGUGGACGGCUCCGUGUACAAGCGGCACCCGCGCAUCGCGCGCCUCAUGGACAAGUACAUCGCGCUGCUGGCGCCCAAGCACAAGUUCUCCCUGCUCGCCGCUGAGGAUGGCAGCGGCAAAGGGUCAGCUCUGACGGCCGCGAUCGCGGCGCGCAUGGCGGCGAGACAACAAUGACCGCUCUGCGACGACGCGACGCCGACUUGGCAGUCGUGACUCGUGGGACGUGAUAAGUUGGACAUAAUCAGACUAAAGACUUUUGGUUGACGAAAAUUACGUUGGUAUUGUCUUCUAGCUUUUUGGAUCGAUAAAAACCGAAAAUUCUGAUAAAGAAAAGCAUGAAACAAACCUAAAAUCUAGAAGAAGAAAACUUCUCGGAAAAGGGGAGUUUUCAUUAAUCAUGAUCUUUUAAACCACAGACUUUGUAACGAAUUGUAAAUAGUUUCUGAGUCACUUUGCUCGUAAACUCGUGUUAGUGCACAUAAAAUGGACAAGCUGAUAAGGGCAGAUGAGGUGACCCUUCCAGAGCCAUUCACACUGUGGCAGGCAUUUUAGUUCCACCUCACUUUGAUGAUAUUUAAUUACUGGUAUAAAAAGCUCAUUUGAUAUUAAAGUGUGUUGAAGUUUAAAUGAGGAGUGUAUGAGUUGUAGGAAAAUGUAGGACAUAUCGAAUUUUCAUGUUAGUGGUUAUGUGUGGAGCUCGCGGGACGAGUGAGUCGUGUGAUACUUUCCAUUUAGUUAGUACGUACCUAAGUAGGUAUAGUUUUGUAUAGAAAAUUUAUACUGUAUGUGAUAUGUGAGUAGACACUUAGAUUUAUUGUGUAGUGACAAAUACAUAUUGUAGUUUAAGUUUAUUAUCCUGUUUGGAAACAUGGGCAGCUGAGUUUAUAGACUCCGUAGGAACGAGAUUUUAAGUUGAAAAUCUUGAAGUAGAUAUGUCCAAAAAUCUCAAAUCAAUAAUAAAUGGUUUACCUACUACAUUUAUGGGAGGCAUUUUAAAUAGUUUUUAAAGAACAUUGCGAAAUGUUGUAUUCUUAUUUCACUUGAUUUAAUAAAUCAGACCUGAUUUCAUAAUUUCAUUAUGAAAGCGCAUCUUAUGAUGGUUGUACAUAGUAGUUUAAGUUAGUAUAAAUCGUGCCAUACAUUAUGUUUAUUUUAGUUAGUUACACGGUAGAAUAACAUUUCCAUGCAAUCGCAGCACUUAGCUGGUAUGUAUUACAUUUCUGGUGGAGUCUGUAGCGCACGCAAAGGCGCGGCGGGUGCAAUCAAUGUUGAUGAGGAUGACUUUUAUCCUCAGUAUCAGCUAAGGGUUGUGAUGGCCAAUAUUCCGCAAUAUGCUCAUAAAUUGUCUAGAUUUCUAGUGGGUUUGGCAAUGAUUUUCAACAUGAGGAAAUUAAAAAAAAAGAUUUUUCUAUGUAUUAACUAUGUCUUAUGUUCUUUGUUAUGGGAUUUUAAAUUUUAAAAUAGCAUUAGUGUUUGAGCGUCGGACUGUGCAAUAGAAGCGCGCGCUUGGUGCUAGACGUGACUGCUAGUUGCUGGCACACGUACGAACUACGAUUGAUGCUGCAAGGCUUAGCAAUUUUGAAUUGCGACGUAGGUAACUGAUGAAUUUUAUAAGUAAAACAAAUUAUAUCUUCAAAUUAUGAUUAUAUCUUCGUUUAUUUUAGAUUUACAAAAUAAAUUGUGUCUUUCUUUUGAUGAACUAUGCAGCUUUAUUUUUCUACUCAUUUCGGGUUAUACAAUGUUAUUGUUUAUUAUAAGUAAUUGUUAAAGCAGAAUAUUUUUUAAUAAAAUGUAUGAUAUUAA